UAUUUCUUUUUCCGAGUAUUUCCAAUAUUUCAAAUCUAGUACACUUUGAUGUCAAAUUCUAUUACGCAAGAAGUUUUGAUGGUGGCAACACUGAACCCGGCCCGCUGCGAUUCAAUCGUUGACAAGGUCACCUUCAAUCAACCUAACCAACAAAAACACCCAGGAUUUGGCCCGAUAUCAAUUAAUCAAGUAACUGAAGUAACCCGUAAAGUCGAAUCAGUCAUUACGCAGUGCUCGGGCGGUUCCACUUCCACGGCACGCUCGAUUUACACGUAGAAAAAUACGAUUUUAAGAGAGCUUUACGAGCAGGCCAAGAUGGCAGCCCCCCAAUCGGACACGGAGCGCCGCAAGCAGAUCAGCGUCCGAGGCAUAGCCGAGCUGGACGACGUCAACGAGAUCAAGAAAACGUUCAACCGACAUUUGCACUACACCUUGGUGAAGGACAGGAACGUCGCGACGACCAGGGAUUAUUAUUUCGCGUUGGCCCACACGGUCAAGGAUCACUUGGUGUCGAGAUGGAUCAGGACGCAGCAAUAUUAUUACGAGAAGGAUCCCAAGAGAGUUUACUAUCUCUCAUUGGAAUUCUACAUGGGAAGAUCCCUCCAAAACACCAUGAUCAAUUUGGGCAUACAGACGUCGGUCGAUGAGGCUCUCUAUCAGCUCGGUUUGGACAUCGAAGAGCUAGAGGACAUGGAGGAGGACGCCGGUUUGGGUAACGGAGGAUUAGGCCGUUUGGCCGCCUGUUUUUUGGACUCGAUGGCUACUCUAGGUAUGGCUGCCUACGGUUACGGCAUCCGCUACGACUACGGCAUAUUCACGCAGAAGAUCGUCGACGGGGAGCAACAGGAGGAGCCCGACGAUUGGUUGCGCUACGGUAACCCGUGGGAGAAGGCCCGACCGGAGUACACACUGCCGGUGAAUUUCUACGGACGGGUGGUGGACCAUCCCGACGGGGGCGGCAGGAUGAAAUGGGUCGAUACCCAAGUGGUGUUCGCCUUGCCCUACGACAAUCCCGUGCCGGGUUAUCAGAAUAACGUGGUCAAUACGUUGAGGUUGUGGUCGGCUAAAAGUCCUGUGGAUUUCAAUUUGAAGUUUUUCAACGACGGCGAUUACAUCCAAGCCGUCCUGGACAGAAAUCUCGCCGCCAACAUCUCCAGAGUCCUCUAUCCCAACGACAAUUUCUUCGAAGGCAAAGAGCUCCGUCUCAAGCAGGAGUACUUCAUGUGCGCCGCGACGCUCCAGGACGUCGUCAGACGUUUUAAAACGGCCAAAUUCGGCGCCCGAUCGCCCACUCGAACCGAUUUCGAUCUGUUGCCCGAAAAAGUCGCCAUUCAACUCAACGAUACGCACCCUUCGUUGGCCAUACCGGAGUUGAUGAGGAUUUUGGUCGAUAUUGAAGGCCUCCCGUGGGACAAAGCCUGGGACAUCACCGUCCGCUCGUGCGCCUACACCAACCACACCAUCCUGCCGGAGGCCCUCGAACGCUGGCCCGUCGCCAUGCUCGAAUCGAUCCUGCCGCGCCACCUGCAGAUCAUCUACCGCAUCAACCACCACCACCUGGAGCGCGUCGAGCGCCGCCACCCGGGCGACCAGGACCGCCUCCGGCGCAUGUCGCUCAUCGAAGAGGACGGCGAGAAGCGCGUCAACAUGGCGCACCUGAGCAUCGUCGGGGCGCACGCCGUCAACGGCGUCGCGCGCAUCCAUUCGGAGAUCAUCAAGGAGGCGUUGUUCAAGGAUUUCUACGAGUUGGAUCCGGAGAAGUUCCAGAAUAAGACGAACGGGAUCACGCCGAGGCGGUGGUUGUUGCUGUGCAAUCCGGGGUUGAGCGAUUUGGUGUCGGAUAAGAUCGGCGAGGGGUGGAUCGUGCGAUUGGACGAGUUGAAAAGUUUGAAGAGGUUCGCGAAGGAUGGGAAUUUCCAGAGGGCCGUGAUGAAGGUGAAGCAGGAGAAUAAGCUCCGGUUGGCGCAGCUUUUAGAGCGCGACUACGGCGUCAAAAUCAACGUGGCCUCGAUCUUCGACAUCCAAGUCAAGCGCAUACACGAAUACAAACGGCAACUGCUGAAUUGCCUCCACGUAAUCGUCCUCUACAAUCGCAUCAAGAAGAAUCCCACCGCCAAAAUCACGCCGCGGACGGUCAUGAUCGGCGGCAAGGCCGCCCCCGGCUAUUACGUGGCCAAGAAGAUCAUCAAAUUGAUCAAUAGAGUGGGCGGCGUGGUGAACAACGAUCCGAUCGUCGGCGAUAAAUUGAAGUUGAUCUAUUUGGAGAAUUACCGGGUGACUUUGGCCGAGAAAAUCAUGCCGGCGGCCGAUUUGAGCGAGCAAAUUUCGACGGCCGGUACCGAAGCGUCGGGAACAGGCAACAUGAAAUUCCAAUUGAACGGCGCCCUCACCAUCGGCACCCUCGACGGCGCCAACGUCGAAAUGGCCGAGGAAAUGGGCGACGAGAACAUCUUCAUCUUCGGCAUGACCGUCGACGAAGUCGAAGAAUUGAAAAAACGCGGUUACGACGCCCGCGAAUUCUACGAAUCGCUGCCCGAGGCCAAACAAGCGAUCGAUCAAAUAUCGAGCGGGUUCUUCAGUCCGGAGAAUCCGGACGAAUUCAAGGAUAUCGCCGAUGUGCUGCUCAAGUACGACAGGUUCUUUUCGUUGGCCGAUUUCGAGGCGUACGUUAAAAAGCAGGACGAGGUGGCCAAGGUUUAUCAGAACCAAUCGAAAUGGGCCGAGAUGUGCAUCCAGAACAUCGCCUCGGCAGGGAAGUUCUCCAGCGAUCGAACCAUCAUCGAAUACGCCCGGGACAUUUGGGACGUCGAACCGAGUUACGAGAAACUGCCCGAUCCGUCCGUUCCCAGGGAGUUGGCUUUGAAAUGAAUCUCUACGCUCUCACUCUCUCUAUACGAGGCGCUCGAUUGUUUUCUUUUUUUCUUUGAAAGAAACAAUAGACGACCGUUUUUUUGUUUUUGUUAAAAAGAAGGCCGUCUGCGAUUCGUUCGACCUGUUAGUUAUGAAAAUUUAGAGAUUUAUUAGCUAAUUUUUAAAGAGUCAUUUAAGAGAAAAAAGUUGUUCGUGUAUAAUAUAUAUAUGUACUAUUUUUUCUUUUUUUUU